GGCGGGCCGCGCUCUCGGCGGAAGUGGGGUGCAGCGGAGCGCCGAGACUUCCGGCUGUAACUGUUUUGGGGUUUUCUGUGACAGGGACGCGGCGGACAGAGUUGGGGAUGGUGCUGCUAGAGAGCGAGCAGUUCCUGACGGAGCUGACCAGACUGUUCCAGAAGUGCCGGACGACGGGCAGCGUGUUCAUCACCCUGAAGAAGUACGAUGGGCGCACCAAACCCACCCCGAGGAAGGGCACUGUGGAGGGCUUUGAACCUGCGGAGAACAAGUGUCUGCUGAGAGCUACUGAUGGGAAAAAGAAGAUCAGCACCGUGGUGAGCUCCAAAGAAGUGAAUAAGUUUCAGAUGGCGUAUUCCAAUCUUCUAAGAGCCAAUAUGGAUGGGCUGAAGAAGAGGGACAAAAAGAACAAGAACAAGAAGACCAAACCAGCACAGUGAGCGGCACUGCACUUCCUGCUUUCCCAGAACCACAGAAUGGCUAUUUUCCUUUUGGUCACAAAACUAGGUUUUUGGCCCCCUCCCUGCCCUCAUAACUGUUUUCAUGUAAGAGUGGAGAGAAGGGUUGUGGUAUUCAUAGGGUAGUUGUGGUAAGACGCCAGUUUAUUUUAGAUGUGGUUGCAUGGUUCCUGGAUUACAGUUUAAAUUCCUUAGUCAUUUCUGUGAUGAGCAGUGUAUCAUUAAACUUGUCUUUCAGCGCU